GUUUUCUUCUUUUUUUUAGCAAAAUACUUUAGAAAAUAAUCAAAUAAUUGUAUUUAUCAGAUCAAAUUCCAAACUGAUUGUACUUAAACAUUUUUCUUUUUCAUGAUCAGGUUGGGUUUUUCUGAGAAAAAGCACACUGAGAAGUACACUGAUGUGGAAAUCAUAUGACCUUAUGCUUAUUAAAUGCCUGCUCUUUGUGAAGAUUUGAUGCUUUAUACAAACACUGAUUAGAAUUAUUGAGGACAAACAGGGUCUCCAGAAGGGUCAGAGCUAGAGAGCUGGUGUAACGUAGACCAGCUGCUGUAAGUGUUCAGGAUGCCAAGAUCAUAACAGGGCUUCCUUCAGUCCCAGCUGGUCUGCAUGAAGGGAAAGGCUGGCACGGAGGCUGUGACUUAGAGGGCUUCCCUCCCCACUAAGCACAGGAAUUGGCUUUUCAACCCUGCAGCCUCCCUGGAGACAGCCCCAGGUGGCAGUGGGAUGGGACACUGGGGAUCACAGAGAUUAGCAAUGUGAAUGGCAGCAGGCUGUAGACAUCUGAGUAUUUAGCUGACUAGUAUUAGGCUCAAUAAAUCAUUUUCAUUUCUUGCAGAAAUGUUUCUAUCUUUAUCAGGAGCUGGGAACUUUUAUGUUCUUAGCCAUGUCUAUAAAUACUGAAAACAGCGAGGAUUUUCUCCUUUGAGACAUCUCUAUUUUUAAGAACACAGUUGGUAGUCACAGACAUCUCAUCCACACAACUGCUGUGCCAGCAGUAGCACCAUUACAGGUGCUAUUCCUGCAGCCCAGCUCGCCUGGAGUCACUGCGACAGGCAGGGCCUGACUCCUCCCUGCCUACACAUCAAGAGGUCGGCAGCAGCAGCGACUGUGCAGUGCCCACAGGACCGAGAGCCAGGUUUUGUCUGAAGGCUUGAUCGGCAGAUGGCAUCUGUCACUGUUUUCUGCAAUGGAGCUCUCUCUAACCAGGCUCUUGAAGAAUGGGUAAAAAGACAAAAUAGCCGAUUUUCUUGUGAAAUGUGUGUUUUAAAAUGUUUCUGACAUGCAGAGAUCCCUCUCAUUUUCAGAGUCUUCUGAAGAUGCAGAAUUUAUGCUCAUAUUGAAUGAAGUUAUCAAGAUGCAGCACUGGCAAUGACUACCAACACCAGAACUGUAUUUAUCAACAGCACCACCCUCCUGUACCAGUGAUCCCAUCCUCAGGCCCAGCUCCCAGUGUCUUAUCAUAAGGGAGAUGCUCCUGACCCCACAUCGUCUUUGUCGCUUCCGCUGGAUCCUCUCCAGUAGUUCCUCGUCCCUCUUGCACGGAGGAGCCCAGACCCGGACGCAGUAAAUGAACGUUCGAUCUGUGGAUGAGAUGAAUCAUGAGUUUCAAGCUCUUGCCCUAGAAUCUCGGGGAAUGGGAGAGCUUUUACCUGCCAAAAAGUUUUGGGAACCUGAUGAUUCUGCAAAAGAUGGACAAAAAGGGAUAUUCCUUGGUGACGAGUGGAGAGAGACUGCAUGGGGAACUCCUCACCAUUCUAUGUCCCAGCCUAUUAUGGUACAGAGAAAGCCUGGACAGGGUUUUCAUGGAAACAGUGAAGUAAAUGCUGUAUUGUCUCCACGAUCAGAAAGUGGUGGCCUUGGAGUGAGCAUGGUAGAAUAUGUGUUAAGUUCCUCUCCAGCUGAUAAAUUGGAUUCCCGGUUUAGGAAGGGAGCUUUUGGCACUAGAGAUGCUGAAACAGAUGGACCUGAGAAAGGAGAUCAGAAAGGCAAGGCUUCUCCAUUUGAGGAGGACAAAAACAGAGAUCUUAAACAAGGAGAUGAUGAGGAUGUUACUAAAAUAAAUGGCAGAGGUUUGCCAAAUGGAAUGGAUGCCGAUUGCAAAGAUUUUAAUCGUACCCCUGGAAGUCGACAAGCCUCCCCAACAGAAGUAGCUGAACGCCUGGGCCCCAAUCCUAGCACCACAGAAGGAUUAGGUCCACUUCCCAAUCCUACAGCCCAUAAGCCUCUGGUAGAAGAAUUUUCAAAUCCAGAAAAUCAGAAUCUAGAUGCCAUGGAACAAGUUGGUCUUGAUUCUCUCCAGUUUGACUAUCCUGGCAAUCAGGUACAAAUGGACUCUUCAGGAGCUACUGUAGGACUUUUUGACUACAAUUCUCAGCAGCAGCUUUUCCAGAGGACUAAUGCUCUGACUGUUCAGCAGUUGACAGCAGCCCAGCAGCAGCAAUAUGCACUGGCUGCAGCUCAGCAGCCACACAUAGCAGGCGUAUUCUCUGCAGGCUUGGCCCCAGCUGCUUUUGUGCCAAACCCGUAUAUUAUCAGUGCUGCUCCUCCAGGGACUGACCCGUACACUGCAGCUGGAUUAGCUGCAGCAGCUACCCUAGCAGGUCCUGCUGUGGUUCCACCUCAGUAUUAUGGUGUUCCGUGGGGGGUGUAUCCAGCCAAUUUAUUCCAGCAGCAAGCUGCAGCAGCAAAUACCACAGCAAAUCAGCAAGCAGCUUCCCAGGCACAGCAGGGACAGCAACCGGUCCUGCGAGCUGGAGCAACUCAGCGCCCGCUCACUCCCAACCAGGGGCAGCAAGGGCAACAGGCAGAGUCACUUGCAGCAGCUGCAGCAGCAAAUCCAGCUUUGGCUUUUGGUCAGGGUCUUGCUACAGGCAUGCCAGGCUACCAAGUGCUGGCUCCCACUGCCUAUUAUGAUCAGACUGGUGCCUUAGUAGUAGGCCCUGGAGCAAGAACUGGCCUUGGUGCACCAGUCAGAUUGGUGGCCUCAACUCCUGUUCUAAUCAGUUCUGCAGCAGCACAAGCAGCUGCAGCUGCUUCAGCUGGAGGAACAGCAAACAAUCUCGCGGGAGCCACGAACGGUCUAUUUCGGCCACUUGGUGCCCAGCCACAACAACAGCAACAGCAAACAAAUAGUAGCCUACAAUCCAAUUCAUUUUAUGGCAGUAAUUCUUUGACCAAUAACUCCCAGAGCAGUUCCCUUUUUUCACAUGGUCCUGGCCAACCAGGAAGCACAUCUCUUGGCUUUGGAAGUAGCAGCUCUUUAGGAGCAGCUAUCGGCUCUGCACUUGGUGGAUUUGGCUCAUCAGUUGGCAGUUCUUCAAGUAGUAGUGCCACAAGGAGAGAUUCUCUAUCUACUAGCUCUGACUUGUACAAAAGAUCUAGUAGCAGCCUAGCACCCAUAGGGCAGCCAUUUUACAAUAGUCUGGGAUUUUCCUCCUCUCCAAGUCCAAUAGGCAUGCCUCUGCCAAGCCAAACGCCAGGACAUUCACUUACGCCACCGCCAUCACUUUCAUCACAUGGAUCCUCAUCCAGUUUGCAUUUAGGAGGACUGACAAAUGGUAGUGGUCGCUAUAUUUCUGCAGCCCCCGGAGCCGAAGCCAAGUACCGCAGUGCAGCGAGCACCUCCAGUCUCUUUAGCUCCACCAGCCAGCUCUUCCCUCCCUCGCGCCUCCGCUACAGCAGGUCUGACAUUAUGCCUUCCGGACGCAGCCGGUUGCUGGAGGAUUUCAGAAACAAUCGUUUCCCUAAUCUUCAACUAAGGGACCUUGUUGGACAUAUCGUUGAAUUUUCCCAAGACCAGCAUGGUUCUAGAUUUAUACAGCAAAAGCUUGAGCGAGCUACUCCAGCUGAGCGCCAGAUGGUAUUUAAUGAGAUCCUGCAAGCAGCCUAUCAAUUGAUGACUGAUGUGUUUGGAAACUAUGUAAUACAGAAGUUCUUUGAGUUUGGAAGCCUGGAUCAAAAGUUAGCCCUAGCAACACGCAUCCGUGGUCAUGUUCUGCCAUUGGCCCUCCAGAUGUAUGGCUGCCGUGUUAUCCAGAAAGCACUUGAGUCAAUCUCACCUGACCAGCAGGUAAUUAAUGAAAUGGUGAAAGAGCUGGAUGGCCAUGUUCUGAAAUGCGUGAAGGAUCAAAAUGGAAACCACGUCGUACAAAAAUGCAUUGAGUGUGUUCAGCCCCAGUCACUCCAGUUCAUCAUUGAUGCAUUCAAAGGACAGGUAUUUGUGCUUUCAACUCAUCCAUAUGGUUGUAGAGUAAUUCAGCGCAUUCUGGAGCACUGCACUGCUGAGCAGACUUUGCCAAUCUUAGAAGAACUGCACCAACACACAGAACAGCUAGUGCAGGAUCAGUAUGGAAAUUACGUUAUUCAACACGUACUGGAGCAUGGUCGUCCUGAAGACAAAAGCAAAAUCGUUUCAGAAAUAAGAGGAAAAGUUCUAGCUUUGAGUCAGCACAAAUUUGCCAGCAACGUGGUAGAGAAGUGCGUGACCCACGCGUCGCGCGCGGAGCGAGCGCUGCUGAUCGAUGAGGUGUGCUGCCAGAACGACGGCCCUCACAGUGCCUUAUACACCAUGAUGAAGGACCAGUACGCCAACUACGUCGUGCAGAAGAUGAUCGACAUGGCCGAGCCCGCCCAGAGGAAGAUCAUAAUGCACAAGAUUCGACCCCACAUCACGACUCUGCGUAAAUACACCUAUGGCAAACACAUUCUGGCCAAGCUGGAAAAGUAUUACCUGAAGAACAGUGCUGAUCUGGGGCCAAUUGGUGGACCACCAAAUGGGAUGCUGUAAAAGACAAAGAGCAAUGGAAGAAAAAUGAAAUUGUGAAUUAUCAAAACCUACAACUUAACUCUAAAUGUUCUGAUUUUUUUAAAUCUAUUUAUUGACUUUGUUCAUCCAUUUGUAAAAUUUUUAUUCUUGUGUAUAUUUUUGGGGAGUGAAUUGUUAAAAAAAAAAAGAAAAAAAUAUCUCCAGCCCUGAUCCAGAGACCUAUCAGAUUGGAUGGCUGGCAAAGCACAGAAUGCCUGUAUAUGAUGUAAUUGUAUCAAAAUAGCUGUCACAUAUUUUGUAAAUUUUUACCUUGUAAAGUCACUGAAAUAGUUUUUAAAGGGAAAAAGUACAGUAUUCUUUUAAAACCCUGGCUUGCAAUCUGGUAGGUCUACCCAGCAUCAUAGCACAACAGGUUUAUAGAGUUGUAUAUAGAAUUAAUCCUUAUUUUUCCCUUUUGUGUGAAGUCUUUUAUACCAGAUUAAAAUUGAUCAACUGCAUAAACAUUAUUUAACAUGUUGAAAAGUUAAGUUGUAUUUUGGUGGUUCACAACAUCCUAUCCAAAUAACAAACAGGGCACAGCAAAUUAAAGUAGGGAAGAACAAAACGAUGGAAACUUUAAAAGACUAGCUUUUGGCACUUGCUGUGGAUACAGGUUUUUUUAAAUCAUGCCCUAAGUUUUUCUCUAGCGAUGUAUUAAAAAUAAAGUGCUGUAUAUACUUAUAUAUUUAAUUGUUGUACAAGGUAGAGGGAUUAAAAUGGUGGUGGUACUUCCAUUCAGCAAAGUACUCUGUUGCAGAAGGAGUGAACCCUGUAUUAACUUUACAGUCAGUUUUACAAUGCAGGAAGAGUAGAGAUAUGUAUUUUUUUAUUUUGCAUAUAGAAUUGUAAGGAUUUGAAAGUGUUGAGCAUUUAUUUUGCUUUCUCACUGUAGAUGCAAAAAAUAGGUAAUGAUACAGAGAAGGGGCCACUGAAAGGUAAACUUGAUAGCUCAACAUUUAAGCAUGAUUGAUUAAAUAUUCAGAUAGCUUUUUGCUUCCUAUAAAUAUAUGCAUUGUAUACGUGUAGUUAAUAGGUGUAAGUUUACAGUUUGAAAACAAAUCUCUCGUUUCGAUGUUUAUUACAAAGCCUUGCUAAUUUAGUAGUGAUGCUUACCUUGGUUGUACAGAUGUACAUUUGUAAACCUUCAUGCUGUAAAUGUAAUUUGUUUUACUCCUUUUUGGGACAAAAAUUUGCAUUUUAGUGUAUAUUCAUAUCCCCAUUCCCUCCUUUCCCCCUGGCAUAUAGUGUUGUAUAAUGUAAAUUUAUUUCAGCAAAUCAAGAGUGAUUUUUUUAAAAUUCUAUCUUUAUAUGGUUUCAAAAAUAUGAACCGGUUUUCUUUUUAUCUAUUGUGAGAAACAUUAUGUUUUGUUUAUAACAUAGCUGUUGAAUCUGUUCAUAUGGACACUUUGGGAAAUCAAUCUGUUCAAAUUUUAAAUCAGGAUAAAUAAGCAUAGUAAGAAGUGGACUGAAAUACUUGGUUAUCACAGAAACCAAUGCUUCUUCCAUCUUAAUAAAUGUGGCAUGAAUUUUUUGUACAGAAGAGUACUGUAUUUUUGAAUAGCCUUCUCGCAGCAUAAAGCAAAUAUGUAUGAUACUGUCGAUUUUUUUCUCUGGACAUAAGACAUUGUAACAGUAACAUAAAGAUGAUGUACAUAUACAAGCGGCCUUAUGUACAUUUCCCAAUGAUCUUUUUAAGGCAGAAUUGUGACCAUAUGUGUAUAAUUAAAAUCCUUUUUAAUCCUUUGCCUAUGGAAAUAUUUUGGAAAAAGCUUACUUUGUAUAUUCAGUUUCUGAAAGAUAAAGAAAGUGCUUUGUA